UUUUUUUUUCCUUUUUUUUUAUUUUUCCCCUUUGGCUUUUUUUUUUUUUUUUUUCCCUUUUUCCAAAAUGAAGCUUUUCGCUGCUUUGCUGCUGCUUCUGGCGCUGGCAAGCUCCGCGUAUGGCCAAGCAUGCACUGACAUUCUCACUUGCAACGAGUGUAUCACCGGAGACUCCAUCUACGGCUGCUCGUGGUGCGUCGCGGACGGUACUUGCCGAAGCCCGUCUGACAACGCUCUGCUCUGCCCGAAUCCUGCCGGCGUCCUCAACCCCACGUCCAACAUCCGUUCGACCACCAAUGUUGCCAACGCCGAUGGCGUUGUCGAAAUCCGUCCCACCACGGCUGUCGUCGAGCUCCGCAAAGGCGUCCCCCAAACUGUGAGCAUUGUCGUCACCAUCCCGCAGCGCAAGGAAGUCGAAUUCUUUUACCUGUUCGAUCUGUCUGGCUCGAUGGGUGACGAUUUGAGGAACGUCAAGAAUCUGGGCAACAAUUUGAGGGACAAAAUGCAAUCACUCUGCAGAGGCAGCAGCAGUAUCUCGUCAGAUUGCCAUUACUGGAGGUUGGGCUCGCACGUUGACAGGCCAAACGGUCCUUUCGGUGGCAGUGGUGAUUACGAGUUCCGUAUCGAGGGAAUUGCAUCCGGUGACGAUCGCAGUUUUGGCUCGUUCGGCGCUUUCAGCACGGCUCUUGGCAACGCUGCCACUGAAUGGGGUAACGAUUUCCCCGAGUCUCAGUACAGCUCGAUGCUGCAAUCGUUGCUUUGCGUGAACUGGAACCCCGCCCGCCGUCACAUUCUGCUGCUUGCCACCGAUGCUACUGGACACAUGGAGUUUGACUCCAACCGCCUCAGUUCUGCCACCGCUUUCCCGCAGCGUCGCGCACUUCAAAAGUGCCACGUUACCCCCGGCACCGCAUCCAGCUCUAGCAAUUUCGCAAACACGAUCAACGCAGCCACGCUUGACCACGAGAUUCCCAGCUGGCCUCAAAUCAAGGCUGCCUUCCUGGACAAGAAUGUGGUUCCCAUUUUGGCCAUCACCGCGUACUCUUCCAACAAUGAUCAUUACGAUUCCUUCAUCAACGCCCUUGGCUUCGGAGGCCGUGCUGGGCUUUCUGGCGACUCGAGCAACGUGUUGAGCGUCAUUGAAAGCGUUUACAACCAGAUUGUGGGAACAAUCAAGCCGCAGCUGUUUGACAAUGGCAUGGACAAGUUUGUUCGCUCGCUUACUCCCGCUGCAGGCUAUACUGGUCUGAGCCGCGGCGAUUCUCGCACCUUUACGCUUGUUCUGGAGGACGAUGAGCUGUCCAUUGGCUACAACAUUGCUGCUGCUGACGUUCGCGUGGUCUUUUUGGGCUUGGGCGAAUCAAGAAUCACGCUGGUUCCUUCGACUUGCAACUGCCCCGUUGGCACCUGCCCCGGUGCCUGCUCCUCACCUGGCACUGCGAGCUGCGAGUGCGGACGCUGCAAUUGCGCGCCGGGCUGGUCGGGUCCCACCUGCUCCUGCAACAAUCCUGCCGGCACUUGCCCCAACGCCUGCUCUGGCCGCGGAACGUGCGUGUGUGGUGCUUGCCAAUGCAAUGCUGGCUUCACUGGCGCUAGUUGCGAGUGUAUCGACUCGUGCCCCACUUUCAACGGCGUUCGUUGCAACGGCCAAGGCACCUGCGUCUGCGGCCAGUGCCAAUGCAACGCUGGCUACAACGGCACUGCCUGCGAGUGCGCUGCCAGUGCAACUGUUACCUGCGCCUCCCUGAACUCGUGCUCCGGUCACGGCGUUUGCACGGAGGCAUCCACCUCUGGCUCGUGCAUUGCUACUUGCCGCUGCAAUAUUGGAUGGUCUGGCCCCAAGUGUGACUGCAGCUCGCAAUGUGCCAACACGGACUGCAACCCUCCUCGUGGUCAGUGCGUGUGCGGCCAGUGCCAGUGCGCCACUGGCUGGGACCCGGCCACCAACUGCUCGUGCAGCACGGCUUCUUGCCCUCGCGACCAAAACAACGUCGAGUGCGGUGGUAUUGGAACGGACCCGCUGAGUCACGCCUCGGCCUGCACAUGCGACAAGACUUGCGUUUGCAAGGGUGGCUGGACUGGUCCUGCGUGCAACUGCUCGACUCGUUGCCCCGGUAACUGCAACGGACACGGCACGUGCAACUGCGGUGUCUGCCAGUGCGAUUCGGGCUGGAGCGGCGUUGACUGCAAGUGCUCGAGUAACACUUGCCCUGUUGGUACAAAUGGACUGGAGUGCAGCGGCUUUGGCACGUGCAUCUGCGGCCAAUGCGUCUGCGAUGCUUUGCACGCCGGCCCUGCUUGCGGCUGCGUCAAGGGUGUCUGCCCCUCUGUUGGCGGCGUUCGCUGCAAUGGCGGUGAUUGCGACCCAAUCUGCGGUAUCUGCACUUGCCCGCCUGGCAAGACUGGACCUGCGUGCGACUGCGAUACUGUUGCUCACCCGUGCCCGACUGGCAACUCCACCUCUGGCGUUGUGCUUCCCUGCUCUGGCCAAGGCACGUGCCUGCAGUCGUCUGCCACUCAGUGCGGCAUCUGCUUGUGCAACCGUGAUCCGCUGACUGGCACGCCGCUGUACACUGGCAGCGACUGCUCUUGCCCAACUUCCGGCUGCAUCAAGGUCGGCGGCCAGCAGUGCAACUACCCCAACGGCGAAUGCGACGGCUGCAAGUGCAAGUGCAAACCUGGCUAUGGCACCCCCGAAACCGGCUGCAGCUGCAAGAUUGGCGUCACCUGCCCCGUCAACCUCCAAAACCAAACUUGCUCCAACCAUGGCACGUGCGACACUUGCAACGGCGUCUGCAUUUGCGAGGCUGGCUACACUGGCCGUUUGUGCAACCGACCCGACCCCGACCCUUGCGGCGCUGCGACCAACUGCGACGCCUGCUCGCGCAGGUCCAACCCUGGCUGCGUUUGGUGCGAUGACAACAACCUCUGCAUGGCCAAGUCUGCUGCCAUUGCCGAGUGCUAUGCCAAGUACGCGAACGGAACGUGCCCCACCUCUGGUCUGUCUGACGAAGCCAAGGCUGGUAUCGCCGGUGGUGUCGGUGGUGGCCUGGCUGCCGCGGGUCUGCUUGCACUGCUUGCCUACAAGCUGUACGGCAUGUUGAUGGACAAGCGCGAAUGGCAAAAGUUCGAGCAGGGUCGUCAAGCUUCCCAGUGGAAGUCGGACAACAACCCCCUUUUCCAGUCUUCGGUCAAGGAGACGGAGAACCCCUUGUACCAAGGCGAUCGUUCCCACUAAUUGCACACGCUGCUUGUUGUGGUCGAUCCCCCUUCUUUGUUGUUGUUGCUUUCGUUGUUGUUUUCGCCGUGCACAUCUUAUCAUCUCAUUCGUUCUCCUUUCUCCUUUCUGUUUGUUAUAACAUGUGUAGGUUGUUUUUUUCUGCAUUCUUUGUGCUGUUCUUUUCUUCUUCUUCAAAGUGUCUUUGUCAUUUAUCACCCUGGGAAUGUUUUGGCCGUUGGCCGACUUUCUUGUUUGCUGUAACGCUGUCGAAGAGCUUGCUUUGAAUACAUACAAUUUGACAAAGUAAA